AUGUGGCAUGCGGUGGGGAGAAGACAACCCACUUUGCAGUGGAGAAACCUGACACACACUGCCACGGCCAGGAUCAAGGUCAACAUCCACUGUGAUGAGUCCGUUCCCAGGCCAAAAGCCAAAAUGAAAUUUAUAGUACUUGCUGUCACCGUUGGACUAACUUUGCUGCUAGGAGUCCAAGCCAUGCCUGCAAAUCGCCUCUCUUGCUACAGAAAGAUACUGAAAGAUCGCAACUGUCACAAUCUUCCAGAAGGAGUAGCUGACCUGACAAAGAUUGAUGUAAACGUCCAGGAUCACUUCUGGGAUGGGAAGGGAUGUGAGAUGAUCUGUUACUGCAACUUCAGUGAAUUGCUCUGCUGCCCAAAAGAUGUCUUCUUUGGACCAAAGAUCUCUUUCGUGAUUCCUUGCAACAAUCACUGAGAAUCAUCCUGUAUUCCAGACAA